UAUAUUAUAAGAAGAAUCUGCUGUUGAUGCUUCAGAUGGAUGCCAUGACAGAAGUGCUGAGCAAUUCUGAUGAAGUGGACCAACUAAUACUGAGAAACACAGGUCUAACUAAUGAACUGCUCAAGAGUUUGGCAACAGUGAUCAAGAGAAGCCCAUCUGAAGUCACAGUGAUUAACCUUAAUCUGAACCAAAUCGGACCCCCCGGAGUCAAUGUUUUACUAGACCUUCUGAAGGCCAAACCACAGAUUAAAGAACUACUAUUGUUUGGAAACCAACUUGGUGAUCUUGGAGUGCAGACCUUGCUUAGUGGAUUGGCUGAACUUCAAGAUAAAACAGCAGCGCUGCAUGGAAACUCUGAACAGAUCCGCUUCUCUCCAGUUAACAUUGUGAUCAAAGAGUUAGACUUAGGUGGAAACGGCAUUGGCAGUGAUGGCCUGAGAGUGCUGGCCACUUUUAUGAGGUAUCAUUCCUACCUUCAGUAUCUGGGCCUGGCACAAACACCCUGCUCAGACACGGAGGCUUGGGUAGUCUUGUUUGAAAGCUUGAAAGUGAACACUGCACUGACACACAUCAUUUUAGAUGAAAGCGACCUUGGGGACAAUGGUAUCAAGCUGUUUGCUGAGGCGCUGAGAUCAAAUAAGACCUUGAGGAAGGUAGACUUAGAUAAUAAUGGUUUCGGCGAGGCUGGAGGACAUUAUCUCUUGGAGGCUCUAUGCUCUGGGGGAAAAUGUUCCCUUGAGCACCUUAGCCUGGAGGGUAACUACAUCAGCACCGCACUGAUGGCCAACAUACAGAAGGAGCUCAAAUCUAACAGACCAGUUGCUCUGUAAACUGAGAUGUAUCAUCAAUUAACUUGUGCUUUCCAACUGCAGGGGGGAUGUACAGUAAAUAAGCCUGGCGUCUUAGAGCAGGACAGUGGGAAGAAACUUUGUGGCAUGUGGGUGGUUUCCAAUUUUUCGUAAUGAAUUACUUUAUUCAGUGAUCCAUCUACUUGGCAGUUUAAACAGCGGAGGCAAAGAAAUAUUUGCUUGGGCUUUUGACCCGGUCUUUAUGCCACAAGCCAACAGAUUCUCCCACUCAUGUCUUUGAAGUCUGUGAAUUGUCCGUGCAUCUAGAAGGUGAGAUGUUCAUUUUGGUUCAGGGAUAUUUGAGAAACACCAUUUAUUGGAUGAUAUGUAAAAUGAGCUGUACACGGAGACCAGAAAUAUACAGUUCUUGAUCAGAAUUUGCCUUAAUAAUUGAGCUCUCAUUGAAAUUUGUUGCAGUGGACUGUAAGCCUGCUAUAUUCAUUUCAUUUUAUUUAUAUACAUCAUAAAAAGGCUGUCUUUCCUGUUGC